GUAAGGGUGGAUGGCAGUUUUCAUAGCAAAAUUCGUGUGUCUACACGCGUGUCGGGAACGGACUGUGAGCGUUGUGUUGUGUGUGUGAUAACAUAGGAAUUUAUGUUUGUUUGGUAAUAAUAAAAUGCGGUGCUAGAACAACAAUGGAUUCCCCCGUCUCAUCUCAAGACAACGACAUCGAAGUGAACGUUGUAUCUGGCGCCAGCAGUCCGGAUAUACCGUCCUCACCUUCUAGAAAAGACCAGAAGAGUCCGUUCUACGAUCUAAAGAAAGAAGAGAAGGCUACUGGAAGCGCUCCGUACACAAGUUUCUCGAUCAGCUCGAUCCUGAACCGAGCGGAACCGAGAAGGGACUCGAAUGUUCUAGAAGCUGCGAUCGCUGCUAACCAUUUUGGGAACGCUAAUGAUGCUAUGUUGUCGAGAUUGGGCUUAAUAUCACAGUGGAGCGCGCUUGCCGGUCGGUACGGAGGCCUCGUGCCUGCGCCAUGGUACUGGCAGAGACCUCAUGAACGAACUCCACCUAGAGAAGAUUCCACGACCAACGAGGACGGUUCAGCGGGAGGCUCCCCGCGCCCCCGCAGCCCACCACGUGCCCCCUCACCCCCCUCCCCUUCGCGCUCAUCCCCCCGCUCCCCGCGCCUGCACCCCGCGCUCUACCCGCAACAACAAGACCCACAAGACUCCGACCCAGACAUCGACGAAAGCGACGAUUUCGAUAAAGACGAAAAACGCGACCCCAACGCGAAUCUCGGGAAACGGAAGAAGAAAACGAGAACCGUAUUCUCUAGGUCCCAAGUCUUCCAGCUGGAGUCCACGUUUGACAUGAAGAGAUACUUAAGCAGCUCGGAGCGUGCUGGCCUCGCGGCUAGCUUGCAUCUCACUGAAACACAGGUUAAGAUAUGGUUCCAGAAUCGAAGGAACAAAUGGAAGAGGCAGCUGGCUGCUGAACUAGAAGCAGCAAAUAUGGCUCACGCAGCUCAGAGACUAGUCCGUGUGCCGAUUCUGUACCACGAGUCGCGGCCCACGACGAUGCCGCAUACGCCCUUGCCGCUACAUCCUCAGUUCUCGAGCGACUCCGGCGUAUACUUCCCCCCGCAAGCGCCGCAGCAGCUGCAGCCGCUGCCCGCGUCGCCGGUCACGUCGCGAGCACCGCUGUCCAGUCUAGUGUAGUGUCCGCUUGAAGCCGCUCGCGGGGGCGACGCGGCGGCCAGACACUUCUAGAACGGCCUAGUCGUACGUGUUGUGAGUGUUAACGGACUUUAGUCUCUAUGUAGUAAGAUGUAACGUACAAAUUCGUUGUCAUUGCACAUUGUAUAUUAUGUAAAUAGCAAUUUUUAAUCCUCAUAAGCGCUAGCCAAUUGUAAAUAAUUAGACGCAAUUUGAAAUGACUGUGCUUUUCGUGUAAGAUAAUAUAUUUAAGCUUAAAUUUAUAACUUAUUUCUAAUAUUUAACUGUUACGCUUUGCCAAAUAUUUAGUGAAUAAUUGAUUUUAUGUUGUUUUGAAACUUGGCUUUCGAUACACUUAAAAGUAUAAACCAUAUUUUUUGUACUGGCAAGUAUCAGAAAGAUGUCAAAAAUUAUGACGUCACGAUUAUGUCAAAUAUUUCAUAUUGUGUCAAUUUAUUCCGUAUGGCCUUUUUGUGAUUUACUCCUAUAUUGAAAUAAAUCUGAUUUGUAAAGACACAAAUAAUAACAUGUUCUUUUGCCAACCAACUGCAUAAAAAAAUGGUCUAUACAUUUAACUCGAAAUCCAUUGUAUCGUGGUCAUCUAACGUUUGUAAAAUUGUAAUAUCAUGUCAAUAUUUCAAACGUCUAGCGUUAAAAAAAUAGAGACGAAUAAAACUAUUUAAAAAAAGAAUUGUCUCCAAACCGUUGACGGUUACAUUUUCCACGCUAGCAACCCAAGGACUAGAAUAAAUUUGUAUAGUGUUGCCAUAUUGUAUUUGUAAUUGCUAGUUUAAGAGCUAUUCUAAAUAUCAAAGUUAUUUAUUGAUAGUAGAUGACUAUCUUCGUGAAUUACAUUGUACUGUUGUAAUUACGAUAAGACAGUGAAUUAAAUAUAAUAU